AUGGUGCUAGCGAGGAAUUAUGAUGUGAAAGUGCUGAAGGUCCUCUCAGAAAGCUUGCACUUGGAUGACAUGAAUGAGGAGCGGUUGGGUGAUGCCAGUGGAGCAGACAAUGCCGAGAGCUACAGUGACAAAGACACAGACCAAAGGAGCUCCCCAGACAUGAGUAAGGCCAAAAGUUGCUUCACCCCUGAAAGCCCUGAAAUUGUUUCAGUGGAUGAGGUCGGUUAUGCAGUUCAGAAAAAUGGUGGAAGCACAGAGAGCCGUCCAGACAGCCCCAAGUACCACCCAGAGCAGAACCACCUCCUGAUAGAAGGUCCUUCUGGGACAGUUUCUUUACCUUUCAGUUUGAAAGCCAACAGACCUCCGCUUGAAGUCUUGAAAAAGAUCUUCCCUAACCAAAAGCCAACUGUGCUGGAGUUGAUCCUGAAGGGGUGUGGCGGUGACCUGGUGAGUGCUGUAGAGGUUCUCCUGUCCAGUCGGUCUUCGGUGGCCAGUGGGGAGAGAACUUCAGCAGAAUCUGAUGGUCUUGUUUUGCCUUCCAAUGGGCACAUUUUUGAACACACACUGAGUUCGUACCCUAUUUCCUCUUCCAAGUGGUCCGUAGGCUCAGCAUUUAGGGUUCCUGACACGCUGAGGUUCUCUGCUGAUUCCAGUAACGUCGUGCCAAAUCCUCUGGCCGUACCUUUGCAGCACCCUUUCCCUCAGCCACCACGCUACCCACUGAUGCUGAGGAACACUUUGGCAAGAAACCAGUCCAGCCCGUUCCUGCCCAAUGACGUCACCCUGUGGAACACCAUGACGCUGCAGCAGCAGUACCAGCUGCGGUCCCAGUAUGUCAGUCCUUUCUCUAGCAACUCCGCCAGUGUUUUCCGAAGCUCGCCUGUCCUUCCUUCCCGCUCCUCAGAAGAUCCUAGGAUCUCAAUCCCUGAUGAUGGGUGUCCUAUUGUGUCUAAGCAACCAAUUUACACAGAAGAUGAGUAUGAUGAAAGGUCUGAUUCUUCAGACUCAAGAAUACUCAACACAUCUUCUUAGACUGACAUUCCAGACGUGGUAGCUAAGUGAUACUUGGAGUGCAGCUGAACUACUGGGCCCUAAGAGGAAGGACACGUACUCUACGAAACCCUUGCAAUUGUAUUAAAAAGUGACUUUGCUUGGUAUUGUACUAUAGCAAUAAAGACAGAACUUAUUUAAUUUCUUGCACUUCACUGGAUAAUGCCAAAUAGCAAUACUCUGGCUUUAGUGCUGAGUGUGUGUUACAAAGGAAGACUUUAGGCUAUCAGUUAUGGGACUCUGGAAGACUCGUAAUGGUAACAGAAGCCCAAGGUCUACUUUGUUCCUUAACUCAGAAAAAUGGGGAUGUUAAACUAGAAUACUUGAAUGCUGUUUUAUAAGAGACAACUCCUCAGGACAUAAGAAAUCAAACAAACGUAGUUCAAUUGCAAAUGGACUAAAACAAGGACCUUACAAUCUUAUGCCAGUGAUCAUCCUUGCAGUGAAAGAAAAGGCAGAAGAAAGAAAUAUGCACAUGAAACUGCUUCUGUGCCAUUUGAGCUUGGACACUUUUCAGAGAAAUAAUAUUAAGAAUUAUUCU